AUGAAACCGGUCAUGGGCUAUAAAAAGAUUUUCAGCAACCUUCGUACGCGCAUAUGUCGAAACAGUGAAGCUCGAGUGAGUUCAGUGUCCGUUGGAGCUGGUUUCGGAUGGCGUCAGCGUAUCAGCAACGAGGCGAUUAGAAAACGGGUAUUUGGUUGUGCUGCAGGCACCUCAAUCCGGGAAAACAUCCAGCAUCAUCGACUACGAUGGCUCGGUCAUGUGCUACGCAUGCCGAAACACCGUCUACCGAGACGAGUGUUGUUCUCCGUGCCCCUUAGGCGACAAUAA